AUGGCCUUCCGUAGCGCGGGCACACUAAUGACCGAAUUCAAUGCCGCCUUCGUGCCCCCAGCCCUCAUGCCCGGGGCAAGCCCUGGUGUGCCAGCGGCCCUAUCCCACAAUUCCUUCACGCUAGAAGCUUCGGAGGCUACAGUCCAACAGCAGCGGAAGUAUUACCAAGACAAGACUGGAACGGUGUCCCGUGUUCCUUACUUUGUACUGCCUGUGAAGGAGCCGGACCGGUACCCUCUACCCACAGACCUGCCUCCUCUGAGCGAGAAGAGUAAGUGGAACCUAUUAAGAGUAUCCCCCGACUAUGUGAGGACCUGCCAGACCUUCCCAUCAGGGAAGAGAGUUUCCUCUCAAGAGCGGCAAAGGCGGGACUUUUACUUCGAGUUCAGAGCCUGA